AUGGCUGAAAAGAACUGUUCAAACCAGAAGCUAUCAAAGAAUAACUGCCGCAGUCGUACAAGAUUCACAGAAGAACAACUGAAAAUCCUCAUCAACGCCUUCAACCAAAAGCCAUACCCUGGUUACGCUACCAAACAAAAGCUUGCUUUGGACUUCAACAUCGAAGAGUCAAGAAUCCAACUUUGGUUCCAGAAUCGAAGAGCACGAUAUCCAUUCCAGAAAAGACCAGAGCUUAAGGAAGCUCCAGGCUCAAGCCAAGGCCAUGGAGAAGACUGUCCUCAAGAGCAAGUUCAAAAUCUCUCUACUGUACAAAGAGAACCCAGACGGUGUCGUACCAACUACAGCCCCUCUCAACUGCACACCCUCAUCAAGGCAUUCACGAACGACCCUUACCCGGGAAUUGAUUCCAGAGAACAACUUGCCAAAGAAAUCGGAGUUCCCGAGUCAAGAAUCCAAAUUUGGUUUCAAAACCGGCGAAGCAGAUUCAAUAGGCAAAGAAAAAGAAAGUCUAAUGAGCCGUUAGAGGAAGACCAGGGAGAAGAGCACUGA